ACCUGGGGAGCUGGAGCCUCUUUUACCUGCUGUCUGAAGAGAGCUUUAGCAUAUAAAUAGCCGUCAGUUUCUGUUGCUACACUGGUUUUUCAAAAUGAGUAAUGGAGGAAAAGACCAAAAGGACAAAAAGAAGCCAGAAACAGACUCAGGGGAUGAGAAAGGGGGUCUUGAUUGGCUUCUUGAAAACUCCAACUCAGAGACUAGUCCUGUGCCGAUGGACAGCAAUGUUUUACUAUCAAGACCUAAGGCCCCUUCUGACAACAUCUUUGGUACGGCGUUCACAAGGGACAAAGUAUUCAAAGCAGCAUCUCAGGGGGACGCUGCACAGCUUAUCGGCCUGCUUGACUACCUGCAAGUUAAUGAUAAGCGACUUACCAGCCCAGACUUUGUAGGCAAAGAUAAAUCAAAUGGAAAAACAGCACUCUUGAAAGCUUUGCUGAACCUGAAAGAUGGGAAAAAUAACACCAUUGAAGUCCUGAUUGACGUAGCAGACAAGACUCAGGACCUAAAAGGUUUAAUCAACGCAGCGUAUACAGACAAUAGUUAUAAGGGUCAGACAGCCUUGCAUAUCGCCAUUGAAAGAAGGAGCUUUGAUUACGUAAAGCUGUUAGUCCAGAGAGGAGCGGAUGUCCAAGCAAAAGCCAAUGGAACAUUUUUUCAGCGUAACACUAGGCUUGGAUUUUAUUUUGGUGAGCUGCCUUUGUCCUUGGCUGCCUGCACCAAUCAGCCAGAAAUAGUUUCAUUUCUCAUGGAAAACCCUUAUAGGAGAGCCGAUCCGACUGAUAAAGACUCACAAGGAAACACUGUUUUGCACACUCUGGUGGUGAUAGCAGAUGACACAACAGAAAACACAGAACUUGUUGCAAACAUGUAUGACAAAAUCCUUGUUCAGCACUACAAGCUUAACGAAGACAGCAACAUCCAGCUGGAAUUGAUUGAGAACAACGAAGGUCUCACACCGCUUAAACUAGCUGCCAAACUCGGAAAGAUUGGGCUUUUUAAGCACAUAUUAAACAGAGAAUUUAUGGAUGAGGAAAGACGACCGCUGUCCAGAAAGUUCACAGAAUGGGUCUAUGGACCUGUUCACUCUUCUCUUUAUGACAUGAGUUCCAUCGACACCAAUGAAAAAAACUCUGUGCUGGAGAUUAUCAUCUUUGGGAGCGAAGUUCCUAAACGCACAGAAAUGCUGAGGAUCGAACCUCUACGCAGUCUUCUUCAGGAUAAAUGGAAUAGAUUUGCUUCCAAGUUAUUUUUGAUGAACUUCAUAUUUUAUUCAAUGUAUCUGGCCAUUUUCACCACAGUGGCCUUCUACAGAAAAGACGGAAAGCCACCCUUCCCAGUGGAAAACAACCCAGUUGACCACCUCCGUUGUAUUGGUGAGCUCAUCAGUGUCCUUGGAGCAGUAAGGUUUUUCUAUAAAACUAUAACUAUUUUCAAGAGGAACCCUCCAAGAAUAAGGGCUCUCUUUACUGAUGGAUACAGUGAAUUUCUAUUUUUCCUGCAGGCAAUCCUCCUUCUGGUCUGUGCAAUCUUGUACUGCUGUGGACGGAGGGAAUACGUCGGGCUCCUUGUGCUGUCUUUAGCCCUUGCCUGGAUUAAUGUUUUGUAUUACACAAGGGGUUCGAAGCAGCUGGGGAUCUACAACGUCAUGAUGCAAAGGAUGAUCCUGGGUGACCUUCUACACUUUUUAAUGGUCUACAUUGUCCUGCUUUUUGGAUUUUCUGCCGCUGUUUGUACCCUGAUUGACGACUCAACUGAACAAAGCAAUGGAACAUUUCCCAGAGGAAGGACCUUCAAUGUUGAAACAUUCACAUGCGAGAAACCGACUUAUAAUGAUAUCCGUUUUACCACACUGGAACUGUUCAAAUUCACAAUUGGAAUGGGGGAUCUAGAAUUCACUGACCACGUUCAGUACAAAGAAGUUUUCUACAUCCUGCUCAUCUGCUAUAUCGUCCUCACUUAUAUUCUGAUGCUAAACAUGCUCAUCGCUCUGAUGGGCAACACGGUGGAGAGAACUUCAGAACAAAGUGAACCCAUCUGGAACCUGCAGAGAGCUUUUACCAUUUUGGAGAUGGAGAGGACUCUGCCACGGUGGCUGAGGUCAAGGCUGCACUCCAGAGAUUCAGACAUGGUGUGCUUCAAAAGCGACGAGGGCAAGUCUCGUAGAUUUGUCAGAGUGACUGUAAUGAACUGGAAAAAAUGGCGAUCAGAUCUUGGCGUUGAGCUCAAAGAGGACCCUGCAAACGUAGAGAGGGAUGAGGAAAGUUCUGGAAAUCCAUGGAACCUAAAUGUGCUGCUCCGUAAUAUUCGAUCCAGACGACAUCGACAGCAGGAAAACUAUAUUCUCUAGCUAAAAAGAUUAGGAAUAUUCAAAUCUUAAAACUGUGAUUUUUCCAUAUUAUAAGAGAACAGGUUAUGAUCAUGUCCUCUGUUCAGGUGCCUUUAUAUAAGUUUAUUUCAACACCUCUACCUCUAACUGUCAAGGAGGUCAUAUUACCUGGUUUGGAUCAUUUAAACUAGAACCUAAUUCAAUUCAAUUCACUUCAUUUAUAUAGCGCCAAUUCAAAACACAUGUCCUCUCAAGGUACUUUAUAGUUCACCAGACCAUACAGUCAAAAGCCUACCUCUUCAGAUUUAACCAUAGAAGUAAGACGUGACAUUAUGUGUAUGUUUCUAGUCAUCUCAGCUGAAAACCACUGAUCAGGCCUGAAGUCUGGGUGUGCUGAUGAAUUCAGACAUGAUCCUUUAGAGACACUCAUCACCUGGAGAACAUUUCAAGGAUCAAAGGACUAAUAUCUCAGAGGGACCAUUUUCUUAUUCACAUACUGUAUUAUUCUUAUGAUCAGAUUUAAUUUUAAUCAGUCUUUCUCCAUAGCUAAAACCAAAUGUCUAACAUUAUUAGAGCUUUUUAUAUGAAUUGAUUUGAUUGUAAAGAUUCUAAAUGAAGGAAACACAUCCCUGUCAAGUAUGGUGCAGGUUUGACGGGACCCAAAUGCAGACACUGAAGCUGAAGGUGGUUACUUGCAGAUUUAAUUAACCAAAAAGGGCAACAGAAGCAAAAAUCCAAAAACAUAAAUCUCAGAACCCACAAAAAUACAGAAAAUACAGGAAAACUCACUAGAAGGGGAUGAAAUGACGGAUCACCAGCAACAGCGACUGAGCAGGAGGUGCAUAUAUGGGAGAGAGAAAUAAAGACCAGGAUAAUCAUCAGAUUGGGAGCAGGUGUGAAGAAGGGGGCAAAUUAAAAGGAUACUGACAUAGGAGGGCAACAGAGGGCAAACAAGAAAUAUCCAAGUACUCAAAUACAAUCAAAAAUAACCUGAAUAACACAAAAUGGAAAUAAAACCAAAUGAAAACUCAAAGAUAAAAUUAAAACAGAACCAAAACAAUGACAAUCCCCUACAACUAGAAUGAGGAAUAUUGGAAUAUAUUGAGGAAUAUAUUCUGGUCCAAACUCUGAGGAUUGCUGAUUCUUGUUGUAUUACUUCUUCCUUUCUUUGUUUCAUGGGAGUGGUGCCAACAUGACAUCUUUCAGAUUCAUCAGCAACUUUUGUCUCAAACAUGUCGCUUCAAAAUGCAGAUCAUCACCAAAUAUUCUGUUCUUUCAGAGGAUUGGUCUGUACUAAUAUAGUGCUUUUGUAGGUCAGGAGACUUAAACAAGUGCUUUACACUACAUUCAGUCAUUCACACACACACUAAUGGUGGCAAGCUACAUGCUGUCCAACUCACAAACAUCCUUACAGCGCUGCCAACUAAUUGUCUCUGGGAUUGAAAUCCACAAUGGAAAAAAUUAAUAAUUGAUUUUGUUGAACUAAACUUUGUGUACUUUGUUGUCCAACUUCCCUUUACCUGUCAUUAUGAUGCU